AUGUUGUCACAUAUACUCACGGAGAAUCUGACGGUUGGCUCACCAGGUAGGCGCAGCUCCCAUGUUCCCGUCAACCCUAUAUUCUACUUGAACCCAAAUUGGACUGAUCGCAACAAAUACACUCACUUGCAAAUCCAUUUGGUUUUCUCGGGAGACUCAAUUGAAUCUCUCGCUUAUGAUGUUUAUCUACAUACGGCUUCAGAAUACAUUACGGAUUGGGUAAAACCAUUAUUCAGAAGAACGGCAUAUGCUACCGGCCUGAAGCUUUCACCGCGCAUUUCGCGAAUACUCAGAACGAAUCUCAAAGACAAGUCGUCUCUCUAUGACUCAUCACUUGUGGUCUGUUUAUUUGUUUACGCGUACUCCGAAAACCUAAUCGGUUGUAGGACUAGAGUUCAAUGGAGAAUAUUACGAACAGAUCAAAGGAGCGUCAAUGGGGUCACCAAUCUCUGGACUCAUUGCGGAAAUUACAAUGCAGAAACUGGAGUGAAUCAUACUACCAGAUAUCAAACCGAAAAUAUGGAUGACAUAUUCGCUGUUGUAAAGAAAAAUGAACUACUACGAGCGAAGGAACUGCUGAACAACAAAGGAGAGAUAUUAGUUUCCCUAAAUGAAGAAGUUCGAGUUGCUGAUGCUUUGGCGUCGUGGAUUUUCGCGACAGUUGUGAAGGUGUAUCACAGUGUCAACAGUAAUGACUUCAAGCCGAUCUUGCAUGUGACAAACUCGUUUUGUCGGGUAGUUACCCUCCGGAAUAAUCAAAGAUUUGUUUCCCACAUUUAUGAAGUAAAUCAUGUUAAAGUAAGCUUGCAUUGUACGCAAAACUUUCUGCUGGGUAUCUGGAAGUAUGUGCACACAGUUCGUGGAGAAGAGAUGUUCCGCAGUGAAGGCCACUUUGGUUUUUCCACUGGAUGUCCACCAAAGAGGUGUCUUAAUAGAUAUACGAUUGACUAUCAGGGUAAUCCGGAUGUCCUGUUGCAGGAACAAUGA